AUGGGGCACCUGAGCGUCUGUCAGAUCUCGCUAUUCGGCAGGCACGCCAGCGCCUGGACAGCAAGCAGUUCAAGCAGAAUUGAGAAAAAAGAAGGAGAAAGAGUACGAGAAAGAGAAAGAGUUUUAAAGAGAACCAGAAACAAAAAGAGAAGCGGGCUUGCGAGCUGCUUCCAGGCAACAUGGAACAACUUGAUCCACGGCGGCUGCGAGACUAGAGCAGUCUUCCACAACAACGUCUUCCCUGCUAGUGCGCACGUGACGUACGAGACCCACGACAUGCGUGGAAAUCCAGCAAAUCGAACUCUGAGGCGCAAGGCGCACGGAAUCACUAGGGGUUGCUAUCCCUGA